GGCCCGGGGUGGACACAGACCCCGCGUUUGUGGCCCUGCACACCGGUGCUGACGGCCCGACGGGCGGUGGCUUCUGCUGCAUCGCCCCGGCUCUCCACCCCCGGUUCUCCUCCAGUUUUUUGCUGAAUAAAACAUUCAAGACCUAUUUCAGAUUGUGAAUAAAAAGAAUCAUUUACAUUCCUGGAAAAUGUCAAAUAGACAGAACUGUGACUCUGGCUCUUUGAGUCCACUUGAACUGUAUGAAAGGGUGACUACGCAAGGAGAUAAAGUCAGAUCACUUAAAGCAGCAGAAGCACCAAAGGAUGAAAUUGACACAGCUGUGAAGUUACUAUUGUCAUUAAAACUGAUGUAUAAAGCAACAACAGGACAAGAUUACAAAGCUGGUUCACCUCCAACAGAUUUCACACCAAUAAAUAAUGCCCCAGCUAUUACAGAAGAUGAUGAUUUUGUGGAUCCAUGGACAGUGCAGACAUCCAGUGCAAAAGGCGUAGACUAUGACAAACUCAUAGUUCGGUUUGGCAGCAGUAAAAUUGACAAAGAGCUGAUCAGUCGAAUAGAAAGAGUAACUGGGCAAAAACCUCACCACUUUCUACGCAGAGGCAUCUUUUUUUCUCAUAGAGAUAUGAACCAAAUUCUUGAUGCAUAUGAAAAUAAGAAGCCCUUUUACCUUUAUACUGGUAGAGGCCCCUCUUCUGAGGCAUUGCAUGUUGGUCAUUUGAUCCCAUUUAUCUUCACAAAGUGGCUGCAAGAAGUAUUUGAUAUUCCUUUGGUUAUACAGUUGACUGAUGAUGAGAAGUACCUUUGGAAAGAUCUGACGGUUGAGAAAGCUUAUGAAUAUGCUAUAGAGAAUGCAAAGGAUAUCAUAGCCUGUGGUUUUGACAUCAAUAAAACCUUCAUCUUUUCUGAUCUUGACUACUUGGGAAUGAGUCCUGGAUUCUACAAAAACAUUGUAAAGAUCCAAAAGCAUGUUACGUUUAACCAAGUGAAAGGAAUCUUUGGCUUUACAGAUAGCGAUUGCAUUGGAAAGAUCAGUUUUCCUGCUAUUCAAGCUGCUCCGUCCUUCAGCUCAACAUUCCCACAGAUUUUCAAGGGCAAGGAGGACAUUCAGUGUCUUAUUCCAUGUGCCAUUGAUCAAGAUCCUUAUUUCAGAAUGACCCGAGAUGUAGCACCUAGACUUGGAUACCCAAAACCAGCAUUACUGCACUCAGUCUUUUUCCCAGCCCUGCAAGGAGCUCAGACAAAAAUGAGUGCCAGUGAUCCCAACUCUUCCAUCUUCCUCACUGACACACCCAAGCAAAUCAAGACGAAGAUCAACAAACAUGCCUUCUCUGGAGGAAAAGAUACUAUUGAAGAGCACAGGAAGUAUGGGGGCAACUGUGAUGUUGAUGUGUCUUACAUGUACCUAACCUUCUUCCUUGAAGAUGAUGACAAACUUGAACAAUUGAAGCAGGCUUACACAAGUGGGGCACUGCUCACAGGAGAACUGAAGAAGGCGCUUAUUGAAACAUUGCAGCCCUUGAUAGCAGCUCAUCAGGAGAGACGCAAACAGGUCACAAACGAAAUGCAGGCCUUGGCCCAGGCCCUUAUUGAAGAAGACCAUGGGGAAUGAUGGUCUCUGCCUCAAGCUGGUAGAUACUGGAAAAUAACUGCCUUUCCAAUCUUAGUUCUGCCAAUGCACCCAGGCCCUGCUAGCAACUACUCUGCAGUCUGGCUUCUGAGGAAGAGCCGUUGGUUGUGCCAAGCCACAUGUGGAGUAUUUUUCAAUGUGUUACAGGUCUGUAAGGGACCAGGGGGAAGCUAAAGCUUGUUAGUAGAGAGCAGCUUCAGUCUUGUUAUCACUUGUUUUCUACCUUAUGCUGAAAACAGAACUGCUUAAUUUUCUUAUUCCUAGAGUACUGUGAUCUAGCACUACUAAAACCAGAGGUAUUUAAUGAAUGCACUGAAGUCAGUGUUUAUCAAUAGCUAUUGAUCAUUUUUGUGUUUUUUUUUACCAUAGAUUCUGGGUAUCUCCCAAAUAUUUAAAAAAAAUUUAAAUCAUCUCCCUCGCUCUCUUCCUUCCUACCUUGCACAUAAAAGAAGCUUAAGUUUUUAGAUACAGUGAUAUAUAACUGUGGUUGAGGUGGACUUUUUAAAUGAUGUGGGUUUUUUAGCUCUCCAUACUCCACUAUGAACCAUGCUUGUGCAGGGUUUUUUUUUAAUUUGGCUCAAUCUAAGGCCCCUGAUAGAUAUUAUGUUUGUCAUGCAUUAUAUGCAAGUAUUGUGUGACAAAUUAUAACCUGCCAAAUGGCCACAUACAAGAUACGUAGAAUUCUCACAGGAUACUUCCACGUCACAGAAGUCACUGUUUCAGCAAGCAGUUUUUGUGGCUGAUUUGCUGUUUUUAUCCAGGAAUAAGCUGGUUUAAUGUCUGGUGUAUUUACAGUUUGUCAAACAAUACCUAUGUAUAACUUACAGCAAAUGUAACAUGUGCCAGACGCUUUAAGUGAUUUCAGUUCUUUAAAAGAUUUGCACUUCAGGGGGGGGGUUUGUAGAUUUCCCAUGUAGUUCAUCACUAAGAAUCAGUUUAAUAAACAAGGUUAAGUUAAAACUUGGUUAAUAAAAACCAAUAUAGAACAAACUUGCACAGGAAUUUGCAGGUCUAUUUUGUAAUUAAAUUAUUAAAAUCCAACUAGAAAGUUCUAAAAGGGAAUGUGAAAACAGAGUAAAUUAAGCACUUGCUUGCUGAUGGGAUAAUCUGAUAUUGCACUGGCUGCUUACAACAAUGCCAUGCUUCUGAAAACCAGCCCUGACUCAUAACAGUGUGAUUCUGUCCCAAAGAAGAGUUGAGAGACUCCCAACUUUCCGUUGCAAAUGAUCACUUUAAUCCCAGAGGUAUUUAAAGGUCAAUGAGGGCAAAGUCUUCAAAAGCUCCAGUGAAAUGACUGAGAGCUUUUGUCAGGUUCAUAAUCACUGGCUAAAUUUUCCUUGACUUACUGGCAUUUUGUUCGUGUCAGUAUAAUAAAAAUACGGAUUAAAGUACUGGAAGUCUGUGUCAGAUUUCUCCACUGGUAUUUAAUGGAGGCACUAUGCUUCAUUUCUUGCUGUUUUUCUUUUAACCCCUCUUUCCUUGCUAUUGUGAACAUGGGUGCAAUCCUUUUGACUGCUGGUUGCCCAAAGUCUGAGGCUUCUCUCCCCAAUGGUUUGUGACCACAGAGGUAAAUGAAGGAUCCACUCAAACGGUUCUGCACGCAGUGUUUGUGCUAGCUGGCCUUUAGCUGGGAGAAUUUAUCAGAAGUACGAGUUCUGCAAUUAUU